AUGGAAGAAGAGGAAGACAUGUUGCCACCCUUCUGGCAGCAAAACGGCAGCACCGACAGCCGUGGCCGCCGCCGCGCAUACUCUGUGUUCCUCAGCUCCGGUGCUCUUCUCAUAUUCCUUCUUGUGACAGCACUUGCAUUCACCUUCAUCCUUGUUCCUACAUUGCACUCUUUCACUUCCAACAUUUUCAAACCCCAUUCAGUGAAGAAGAGCUGGGAUUCCCUCAACUUACUGCUUGUUCUCUUUGCCAUAAUCUGUGGAUUCCUUAGCAGGAACACAAACGAAAGCCCACGUUCCUAUGAAGACCAAAGCUUCUCAGACACAGCACAAGACUACACUAAACCAUACCCAGAAACACAACAGCCAUGGUAUGAGUACUCAGAUCGAACCCCUUAUAAAUCGCAUAACAGGCUGAGGAGUUUCAACUCCUACCCUGAUCUCCGGCAAGAGUCUUUGUGGGCCGCCGCCGAUGAACAACGGUGGCGAUUUUACGAUGAUACCCAUGUUAACGGUUAUCGUGAAUUGGACUUGGAUGCCAGAGAAGAAGAACUGGGUAUCAAGAACAUAGAAGUUGACACUUUUAUCUCUUGUACAAAGGAAGUUCCCAGAGCGCGGCAGCCACCGGCAUCGCCGCCGCCAUCACCGCCACCAGCUCCGCGCAGUGGUGAUGAUCGAAGAAAUGCUAAGAAAACUUAUCGAGCUAGUGGCCAACCGGAAAAUAUGAAUGAGAAAUCAAAACAUGGUGCUUUGAGAGCAGAGAGGUUACAACCACAGCCACAACCACCACCACCUCCGCCGCCACCACCACCGAUACAGAUGAGGACAGAGCAAAAUAAGAAGAAAGGAGGAAGUGCAACUAAAGAGUUUUUGACAUCUUUGAAGGGAAAGAAGAAGAAACAAAGACAGAGAAGCCUUGAAAAUUUUGAAAGAAUUCUAAAUUCUAAACCUCCUACUACUCUGCCUUUACACCCACCACCUCCACCGCCGCCUCCUCCGCCUCCGUCAUCGGUUUUUCAUAAUCUGUUCUCUUCCAAGAAAAGCAAACACAAGAAAAUUAACUCUGCUUCGCCGCCGCCGCCACCACGUCAUAUUUCAUCCAUGCGUGUAUACAACAAAACCGAACAGGUUCAUGGGAGUGUGGCAAACCUUAAACCCUGGAUGUCAAACACGAGAGAGGAUUUCUAUGCAUUGGAAGAAAAUGUGGUUACCGGUAAUGAGUCACCCUUGAUCCCAAUACCGCCGCCGCCACCACCACCGCCGUUCAAGAUGCCAGCAUGGAAGUUCCGGGUGCAGGGUGACUUUGUUAGAAUAGAUAGCAUUAGUAGUUCAAGUAGUGGUUCGCCAGAUUUGGAUGAAGUUGUGGAGUCACCAUCCAUUGAAGCAAGCCAGCGCAUUAGUCCCUUCUCCCAAGAUGGUGGAGAACGAGAAAUCCUAUUGUUCCAUCCCAGCCCAGAUGUUGAUACCAAAGCUGAUACUUUUAUUGAGAAGUUCAGAGCUGGUUUAAGGAUGGAGAAAAUGAAUUCCACCAAGGAGAAGCAGGGGAUUGGGAAGUCCAAUCUACGCCCUUCACCCAAAACAGAAAAUAAACAAGAAAAUGGACCACGUUGA